AUGGACGCUGACAUUUCUCGUCAAGAUCCUCCUGAUGCUGAAUCGCAGCCUGUGGCUAUUUCGCCGCAAAUUUCAUCAAAUUCCAAAGAGACCUACAAGUAUCAAUACAGCCCCUUGAAAAUUCAGUCUCAUUUUCGUCUCAUUGCAUUUCCCCGGGAAGAGCAGGUCGAUCCUAGGGCCGAGCGGUUGAAUUGUGAGCUUGCUCAUUUUUCGCUGGAUGAUACAGCCCCCAGAUAUCGGGCUUUAUCUUACGAAUGGGGCAUUCCUUCAGAUAAAGAUCCUAGAAUAUGGAUCAAUGGAAUGCCCCAUAUCAUUCGAAAGAACCUUUUCUGUGCAAUGUUGGAGCUUCAUUCGGGACAGCGUGGAAAGACUAAAUACGGUACUCCAUAUUGGAUAUGGAUUGAUGCGUUGUGUAUCAAUCAGGAAGACCUCCUCGAAAGGAAUGAGCAAGUCAGUAUGAUGGGCCGAAUCUACGGUUCCGCUGAGAGUGUAAUCAUCUGGCUUGGGGUUGCGAAAGACGACAGUGACAUUAUAAUGGAUAUUCUGGGCGAAAAUCAUGACCCGCAAUUGAUGCACAGACUUAGCCAUGAAGAGAAGAAGGAUGCACUUUCGCUGUGGUUGCAGCGUCCGUAUUGGAAUCGGAUCUGGAUAGUGCAAGAGAUUCAGAGGGGCAGAGAGCUCGAAAUUUUGUGCGGCAACAAAGCGAUCUCGUGGGGACAACUCAUCAACCCAAAGGCCUUGCGAAGUAUGACGGGUGCCUACUCAUGGGUUUGGCUCUCAAAAGCAUAUUCAGGGAACAAGAGGGAAUCAAUUCGGAGAAUGCUACCUGGCUUGAGGUAA